ACGCAACUUAACCUACUGCGGCUGAGAUGAAGGGCAUUGACAACAAGGAAGAGGACGUCAACGAUGAUGACGACGAUGGAAUUCAAUUCCAGCAUGAAUCCUCCACAUGGAUUUUUCAUAAUUGAAUCAAUGAAUCACCAAGUUACGUCGUCGAGGGCAGUGACCAAUUGAGCAUAUGGGCAGCACACUGUGGAAAUGCUUGAAAUGGAAGAUGAUUUCAACACAGGAAGAGUUUGAGGAAAUCAGAAGUAGAUUUAUUGAUGAACUCUUUUAUCGCGAAAAAGAACAAACCCCAACACUUCUAGGAAUGACGACAGUUCCUCUUUGUUCGUUAGUAUUUUUUACCGGUUAUCUGCUUAUCCAGAGAAUCAACUGUGAAGGGAGGGAACCCGCACUAAUUUUUUUAAGAAAAGUAUCAACUGCCCCACCCCACAUUUGGGCCAUUGACAAGCCCAAUCAGCCUAAAACCAUAACUGGAUAUAAGAGAGUAUUCUACCUGAGGAAAGAUUACUCUGAAAUGGAUGCUUAUUAUGUCACUCCUUCUAGGAAGAGACUAAGAUCUAUUACAGAAGUGGGUACUUUUCUUCAACAAAAUUCUGAGUUUAGUGACCUAUCAGUCUCAGAUUCAGAUUUAAGAAGCCCAAAAUUAUGGAUGACAUUAUACCCUCUAGUAGCACUAAAUAAGUGCGUGGAUGGAGCUAAAAUUUUAGAUUCAUUUGCGGUGUAGAUGCAUUUUCUAGAGUCCUGAAAUGCUUAAAAGUUCAAUUUAUUUGCCGUUUGUUGUUAUUUUCCAUCUCUUUGGUAUAAAAAUCUUUUAAUGUAUGCAAAAUCAUCUUUUAUUGUUAAGGGGGGAAAGGAUUUUAUUUGAUAUAAGUGAAUAAAGGAAAAUUUCUUUGCCUUCUUUACUUUGAUUUAGCUGGUGACUUAACUUUUUUCUUUUCUUUCCAUUCAAUUCAGAUAAAGGAGAAAAACUUUGAAGUUUUGCUUCUUUCCUUUUUGUAUCUGCUUGCCCCGUAUUAAAAGAAUAUAUUUGCUUGCCAGAAAGAGAAUGAAGGGC